AUGGAUCCAAAGGCGUGCUAUGAGUAUUCUCUUGGACACAAUCCAAUACCUAUGACUUUGCUUCCAGGACAGCAUUUGAGCGCAUGUCGUUGUCCCACUCAGAAUUCCCUGCUAUCUAAUCAUUAUGUACGUUUGGUAGAAGUAGAUGGGGAUUACUUACCAGCUGCGCCCAUUUUGGACACGUCAUUUUGGCCUGAAGGAUUAGAGAAAGACACCGGACCUCGGCUUUGCGUAUCGUUAUUUUUAAUCAUUGAAUCUGGAUAUAAAAAGCUAUUGAAUAUAAAGCUGUCUCAGGAUACAAAGGAUUAUGUAAAUCUUACACACCAAUCCGAAUGCUCCAAAAGGACUAGGAAUGACAGACAGGAUAUGUCCCUGGUUUUUGUUUUUAAGUUUUACCGCAAUAUUGUAAAGCGAAGGUCAUUCGACUUAUUCAACUUGAUUGUAUUUAUUAAUGUUAUCACUGGAGACUUCCAGGUGAAAGGUAUCAAUAUACAGAGUAUAUUUGCUCUCAUCCUUUUACUUUGCUUUCACUUGGCAAUAACCAAAUGCUGUCUUAAUAUUCGAGUUGCUGAUUUUUAA